GCGGUGUCAGGUCUGUUCACAAUCAACUGCGGUUGCUCUUAACGUCUAGGACGACCAGCACAAACUUUUAUUGAGAUUUUUUCUAUAUCAUGCAGUCUUUGCGCACACGUAGGCCCUCUGACACGCGCACUGUCAAAUGUCAGGCCUCUAAACUCGAGAAGAAGCCUAUCAAUAAGAAUGUUCGCAAGUCCACCGUCGAUGACAAGAUAAAGAAGCGUAUGUCACUGCGCUAUGCAGAGAUAUCUGCGCCCACCGAAGCUUCUGUCCCGGACGUGCCAAGCGUUCCAAUUGGGCUGCGGCCAGGUGCAGUGAGGGACCCAGAUGAGCUUGUCUUGGAACGUGCCAGUAUCAGAGAGGACUUGAAGGCCAUAGAUCAGAGGUUGCUGGAUAAGGAAGAUUUCGAUCCCGACACCUACUUGAAGGCCAAACUGGCCAACUCAACCGAGGCGGAGCUCAGGUCUCUCCAGUCUUCACUCAGAUCGUCCAAGGAUGAUACCGCUGUUGAACUACAGCGGAAUGUAUUUAAAAACUAUGCCGAGUUCGUACAUAUUUCCAAAGAAAUUUCUGUCCUCGAGAACGAAUCUAUGCCGAGCCUUUUACACAUUGAUGAGUCCGCCUCUGCUUCGGAGCGGCGGCGCAACGUUCGUUCAUCCAUUGCGGACCUUCGCACACUGCAUACCCAAAUCGAGGGCUCCGCCAAAUUUGUUCCAACAACGCCAGGCAGACAUGUAAUUUACGAAAUGGACGGGAUAUAUGCUCUCAAUGCAGCAACCUACAGGGUCAGUAACAUUGUCAAGUUCGUCGUGCUAUAUGAUUCUGUGCUCGCAGAGAGAUGUUGGCCUUUGAAUGAGAUGUUGGUGUUGGAUAGGAAGAAUACAGCAAAUUCGAAUGUCUUUAAAGUUCGCCAUCAAAAGGAGACAUAUGUUUACAGAACGGAGGCACCUUUUGAUAAGAAGACUCUUCUUGGACAGUUCCGUCAGGUUGCCGAAGAACUUGCGAUCCGCAAACGCAGGGAGUGUGAAGGCGAGCAUGAGCGACGCAAGAGCAUGUGGACCAGUGGAGAUCAACGCGCUUCCAUGACAUUGCAUCCUGAUAAGAUGCCGCCCCUUCCUGAUUGGAUGGCUGAGCUUGCCCGAAAGCGGGCGUUGACGGGGACACCAGCGCACGGGAUAAAUCCGAGAGCAAUGCACGUUUCAUCAGUGAUUUUUCGGACGACCUCAGUCGCUAUCGCUCUGCGAUCCUGGGAACGGGCCGUUGAGCUAGUGGAAGAAGGUCGAGCUAAAGUUUCUUCCAUACCGUCAUUGAGCACCAAGCUCACUCCUCUCACGGCGAGCCUCACCUCAGCAUUACUCGAUGCACUCAGUGCGCCCGGGAACCGCAAGAAUACUGCAGUAAGCCUCAUUGGUCAUUUAUUAAAGCUUGGACAAGGUCCAGCUGCGAGGUCAACAUUCUUAAACGCGCGAGCGGGGGCGGUGGACCAGUAUGUCAGGGCCAUCAGAUUCGAAGGCCAUGUCGGGAUGUAUGUGCACGAUCUGGCUUCAGUCGUGUUUACCGGGAUCAAGCAUACAGCGGAUUGGUUCCUCGCGGGCUUUGUAGAGCAUGAUAUGACUAGCACUUUAAUUGACUGGGCUAAAAAACAAAUUGAGAUGUAUGCUGAGAGGUUCAGGAAGCAGGUUUAUAGUUCCGAUGCUGAACAGCAGACUGUCAAAGAAGCACUCAAAAUCACACACAGUCAGAGUCGCAAGCUCCUACAAGAAUUUGGGCUUGACUUCUGUUAUCUCCUUGACGAGCUUCUGGUUCAGGACCCCCAGACCAACGACACCUGCGUUGUUUCUGCUACCUUCCAUGCACCUUCCCUAGGGCCCUCCAUCUCGGGCUCGCACACACCACAAUCCAUAUCAUCCUUCGCGUCUUCUUCCACGCCUCCCAUACCUUCAAUUCCAUCUGCCCCUGACUCGCCCGCCCGCCCUACUACACGCUCUUCAAUUCCUCUGCGCCCCAAUCGUCCUGGGAGCACUAACAGACCACAAGUCGCCAUUCCACAAAGGGAAGGGAUGUUUUGACCGGUUAUCCUAUAUCACUGGUUUUUGUUCAACUUCAUUGACCGUUCUCAAGGAUUUGUGGUGUGUAUUCUACCGCCUGAGAUGAUAAGUACCAAUGUAUGCAAGUUCACCCUCCAGCGCUCUGCCACGGGUUAAUACCGGGAAUGGAUGCGACCCGAACUCGAA